CCGUCUCUCUCUGGACUAUGUUAAUCCAGAUUUUGAGUUUCGGAAUUUUCUCAUGCAUUCUAGAAUGAACGCGUGAUUGGCUAUAAAUAUUCGGGCAAGUUCAAGGAAUGUUCAGUUUAGAUCCAGAAAGUGUAGAGUGAAGAAAUAGAACGUAAAGAUGUCUGUGGUGCCUCUUCUUUUCCGCGACUGGUGGGACGAUGACGACUUCCACUUUUCGCGCCCUUCUCGUCUUCUGGACCAACAGUUCGGUCUAGGCCUCCGUCGCGAUGACCUCCUCAACACCUUCAGUUCCAUGCCCAGAAGCUCCCUCUUCAGAAACUACGUCCGGCCCUGGCGCUCCACUGCCAUCCAGAGACAGGACUCUGGAUCGACCAUCCAACAAGACAAAGACAAGUUCCAGGUCAUACUAGACGUACAACAAUUCGCUCCCAAUGAAAUCACAGUCAAAACCAGCGGAAACAGUAUUAUCGUUGAGGGAAAGCACGAGGAAAAGCAGGACGAACAUGGGUUUAUCUCGAGGCAUUUCGUGCGGAGGUAUUUGUUGCCGCAAGACCAUGAUAUCAAUGAUGUUGUCUCAUCGUUGUCUUCUGACGGGAUUUUGACGGUGUCGGCCCCCAAAAAGUCGCUCCAGCAACCCGCAGGUGAAAGAGUGGUGCCCAUUACACAGACUGGACCGGCGAAGGCUACGGUCACACCCGUGGCGGAGUCGCAACCCAAAGUCGAACAACCCAACUGAUUUAAGGCUGUUUUAUAAUAUUUUGUUGAUCUAAGUAUUGUUAAUAAAUUUUCCUCUAUG